UAAAAAACGCCCACCCCCACAGCCACGAGAAUUGACAUCUACUUGUACUAUCGAAACCAAAGCAAAGAAACCUCGACUCGACUCACCUCUACGGACUGAAUGACAACGGUGAUGAUGAUGGAUUAGAAAAUCACCAGCUACUUUCUCGGUGUCUUUCCAUUUUACUUUGCCCUUGAAUACAGGCAUCGUCAUCCUUAAGCUCGGCUUCAUUCACUCAGAAACUCAAACUAAACCUUGUCCGUCCGAUCCCGUCGUUUCCGUCGAAUCCUCUCCAAUUGCCAUCCUCCUCUUCCAUAAUCUCUCCCUCAUCUUUCUUUGUCGAUACGAUUAUUUGGGUUUACCCAUUCUCUCGCUCUGGCUCUGGGGCUGCAGCCGCGACUUUCCGCCGCCGAUAUUCCGUCCGUCUACCGGAGCUCUCUACAUUAAUUGCCCCUCCCUUUCUCUCUGUCUCUCUUACGCCUCAUCAACCUGAACUGGGUUGCUGCAGUUCCUUGUCCUUGUCGACUUAUUUCCCCGCGCAGCGUAACUUUGCGAGCGAGUCAAAGGCCAUUCUUGUCUUCUCGGUUAACCUGAUACGUUUAUUUAACGACUCGAUUUCUUUGUUCGACAAUCUUGCCCGGAGCAAUUGCACAUCUUGGGUGCUGCCACCUUUACCCAUACCGUACUGUACCGUACCAUACCUUAGCACACCCUGGUCGAAUCGGACAUCGAACCAAGCAGAGAGCUCCGAAAGCAAACACCCCUACAUCCAAUUCAAUUCGAUUCAUCCGAACAAAGACAGUCCCUGGCCUGUCUGGUCCACCGAAAACCCAAUUGAACCGAAUCGAAUCUUCAACAACAGCUACUACUGUCCUGUCCUGUCCUGUAGCCCUACUGCACUCCGUCUGCAACUGCAACUGGAACUGCAAGCACUGCACGAGCCAUUCGUACUACCACGCCCACGCCUAAUUACUUGUACCUACGCACGCCCUCGUCGAUCCGGCCCCUGCUCGCGCCUCAAGGUCUCGCCUCGAUACCUCUUGACUCUCUCCCUCUACAAACUUAUUUACGACCGCGACGCCCCGAAAACCAGCUUCAGCUUUAAAUCAAGCUUACAACACAGCACAGCUCUCCCCGCCGUCCCUUGUGCAGUCUCGUGCUGCCAAAAGGGAGACCCCAUCCCUGUCUCGCAGUGUCGCCCAAUCGUCGAUAAUACUUUGAUACUUACGUUUUUUCCUCUGCCGCGAUUCGAUUCCGAGACGACGAUACGUCAUGACAUACAUUCUAUGUCUUGCCCACUACUGCGACCUCCAUGGCCCGACCCCUUUGAUGGUCACUGAGGGUCUACCUGCCUCAUGUACUGUCUGCUUUGAAGAUGGUGCAGAUCCUGCCGAUAACAGACCACGAUCCAGCGCGCAUGCAUCGUCGACUGCUCUCAACGACGCAUUAAAGAACCUCGACCUAUCUCGGAGCGCUUCAAUGCCAGCGUCCGAACAAGAGGCUCAGGCGCAACGUGCAGCCCUAUUGCGAAACUCUAGCAAUUCUGGCGCAACUCCCACUGCUAUCGAUACUCCUCCUGAAAGUCCACGACCGGCCCCUCCUCAUCCUCGGCGCGAUUCGAGUUUCCGAAGAACCUAUGACGAGACUGUGACAAAGAAACAAGGCCCUUGUGAUAACUGCGCAAUGACCUUGCCGCGACAGCAAGCGGGAUCAAAUAGUGUUCAUCUCGCAAACAAUACUCGUGGACCAACAUUGCGCACUCGUGCGCCAGCAGAACGGGUUUUCGGCGCAGGAGGUCAGGCAUCGCCUCCCAAUUCCCAGACCUCGAGUGAUACCGAUGGAGAGCGGGACGAGGACCCUCGGGCUCGGCAAAGAAUAACACCCUCGGUCAGCUCGCGCAAUACCUCGCGAUCAAGCAAGAGUGGUGGUACAGGCAAUUCGACCGCAGCAGAACGGACACCCUUUCAUGUCCACUACGUCGACUAUACAUCUACCCAUGAUCCGGUCCUACCCGACUCUUUCUCUCUUAUUCGAGCAUCUUGCUUGCGCACUCUAUCCUUCGAGACGUUACCCCGUGCUCCAUCUACGGCAAACCCCACUUCACCCGUUGCGACCUCUUCUCCGGCCUUUGUCACUACACAAAGCGCCGGCUCGGCUGUCACAGGCGGCCCCAUCUUUUUCGGCGACGCCCUCGCCGGUUACACGACGGCUUAUAUCUUCCGUAUUCCUGAUGUACACGCACGGGGCCAUAAGAGAGUGUAUGCCUUCUUGGCGCUUAGUACUCACCGAGAGCGCCUGGCCAUGAAGACAUUUGCUGUGGUCUCGACCGCUUUUCGCGAGCUCGCUACAUGGAUCCAGCAACUGGCUGAAGCCGAGGCCGAGCGAGCGGCCGAGAACUCUCCUAUUGGUAGCAGCAUCUAUGGGGGUGGCUAUGCACCACCACCACCAACUGUCGAAUCCUCUGGAGGCCCUGAUCGCAAUGGAAGCAGCUUUCUGACAGGUGGUAGCGGGUUCACCCGACGGAUGGGAGGUGGCCCUGGUGCCUCAGCCCCAAAAGCCCGUGGUCUAGCGGAGAUUGUUGGACAGCCUGAUAUCUUUAUCGAGCUGCACCGGCGUUUCGUGCACCUUCUCUUUGAAGUUGGUGUCACCUUGAGCUCGUAAUGAGCUGCUUAUGCCUAUUGGCAUGCUCUAUACGUUUUUCUGCUUCGGCAUACCCAAGGCCAUUCCUUAGGAUCAGGAUGACUUCUUCUACCCUGUCUUCUCGGGAUGAUCUGGUCGCCGCAGACAUACCCCAGCCUUACCAAUGCAACUCUCCACGCCCUACCCAAUGAUACUGAACCGGUCAAAAUUCGAUUCGUCCUUGUUGGCUGGGCGCUUUUUUGUCCUUUUGGAGCAAUAAGCGAUGUAUGAUUUUACAUACAAGCAUACUUAUUCGAGAGUAAUGGCAAUGGCAAUGGCUAAUCGUAAUACCUCAAUGAAGCAACGAUCUCGGUCGAUAGCUGCACUCACUCAAGACCUACUGGUCUUUUCUACAUUUCCUUUUCGCAAUGCUCGAGGAUUCUUGGCAAUGCUGCUUACACCUUCCCGCAAGACCGGGGAGUUAUACCCAGCGGCCGACUUGCCAAGAGCCUCGUGUAACUGUAUUCUUACAUGUUUCGGAAGGGCUUUACGGCGUUGUCAUUCGGCAUAUUUAGCACGGGCAUUUGAUUCCCAUUUGGUUCUUGUAGCGUGUUUGUUAUCUACUUUUGUGCGCAGAGAACUCGUCAGGACGGGAACUCUAAGGAAGCGGGCGAAACAAAAUAGACGGAUAGCGAGUUGGGGGAAACAAACCCGAAAAGAUGGACGGAAUAAUGGAGUUUGUGGCGAAAUAACUGUAUUUUACAAUCCUUUACCUGUUAUCACUUGUCAGAUGGAGAUCAACAGCCAGGAGUUGGCACGGUUUUAUUGAUAGACUUGUACGGAACAUAGACAGGAAAAUGUUAUGAAAUGGAAAACUACGGUUAUUUACGAUUAACUUGACCUUCAAAAUACCCCA